AUGGCUAGGCAGAAGAAAAUGGGGCAAAGCAUGCUCCAGCUGGUCUUCUUUUUAGUCCUGGGUCUUUUGGGUCAUUCUCACGGAGGAUUCCCCAACACCAUCAGCAUAGGUGGACUUUUCAUGAGAAACACGGUGCAGGAGCACAGCGCUUUCCGCUUUGCCGUGCAGUUAUACAACACCAACCAGAACACCACCGAGAAGCCCUUCCAUUUGAAUUACCACGUAGAUCACUUGGAUUCCUCCAAUAGUUUUUCUGUGACUAACGCUUUCUGCUCCCAGUUCUCAAGAGGGGUGUAUGCCAUCUUUGGAUUCUAUGACCAGAUGUCAAUGAACACUCUGACCUCCUUCUGUGGGGCCCUGCACACGUCUUUUGUCACGCCCAGCUUCCCAACUGAUGCAGAUGUGCAGUUUGUCAUCCAGAUGCGCCCAGCCUUGAAGGGCGCUAUUCUGAGUCUUCUGGGCCACUACAAGUGGGAGAAGUUUGUGUACCUCUAUGACACAGAAAGAGGAUUUUCCAUCCUCCAAGCAAUUAUGGAAGCAGCAGUGCAAAACAACUGGCAAGUGACAGCAAGGUCUGUGGGAAACAUAAAGGAUGUCCAAGAAUUCAGGCGCAUCAUUGAAGAAAUGGACAGGAGGCAGGAAAAGCGAUUCCUCAUUGACUGUGAAGUCGAAAGGAUUAACACGAUUUUGGAACAGGUUGUGAUCCUGGGGAAACAUUCAAGAGGUUAUCACUAUAUGCUUGCUAACUUGGGUUUUACUGAUAUUUUGCUAGAAAGAGUCAUGCAUGGGGGAGCCAACAUUACAGGAUUCCAGAUUGUCAACAAUGAAAACCCUAUGGUUCAGCAGUUUAUACAGCGCUGGGUGAGACUGGAUGAAAGGGAAUUCCCUGAAGCCAAGAAUGCACCGCUAAAGUAUACAUCUGCAUUGACACACGACGCAAUAUUGGUCAUAGCAGAAGCUUUCCGUUAUCUGAGGAGGCAGCGAGUGGAUGUGUCCCGAAGAGGCAGUGCUGGAGACUGUUUGGCAAAUCCUGCUGUGCCCUGGAGUCAAGGAAUUGAUAUUGAGAGAGCUCUGAAAAUGGUACAAGUACAAGGAAUGACUGGAAACAUCCAAUUUGACACUUAUGGACGUAGGACAAAUUAUACUAUCGAUGUGUAUGAAAUGAAAGUCACUGGCUCUCGAAAAGCUGGCUACUGGAAUGAAUAUGAAAGGUUUGUGCCCUUUUCGGAUCAGCAAAUCAGCAAUGACAGUGCAUCCUCAGAGAAUCGGACCAUAGUGGUGACUACCAUUCUGGAAUCACCAUAUGUUAUGUAUAAGAAGAAUCAUGAGCAGCUGGAAGGAAACGAGCGAUACGAAGGCUAUUGUGUAGACUUAGCCUAUGAAAUAGCCAAACAUGUAAGGAUCAAAUACAAACUGUCCAUUGUUGGCGAUGGGAAAUAUGGUGCAAGGGAUCCGGAGACUAAAAUAUGGAAUGGCAUGGUUGGGGAACUUGUCUAUGGGAGAGCUGAUAUAGCUGUUGCUCCACUCACUAUAACACUGGUCCGUGAAGAAGUAAUAGAUUUCUCAAAGCCAUUUAUGAGCCUGGGCAUCUCCAUCAUGAUAAAGAAGCCUCAGAAGUCAAAACCAGGAGUAUUCUCAUUUCUGGAUCCCUUGGCUUAUGAAAUCUGGAUGUGCAUCGUCUUCGCUUACAUUGGAGUCAGUGUAGUUCUUUUCCUGGUCAGCAGAUUCAGCCCUUAUGAAUGGCACCUGGAAGACAACAAUGAAGAACCUCGUGACCCACAAAGCCCUCCUGAUCCUCCAAAUGAAUUUGGAAUAUUUAACAGUCUUUGGUUUUCCUUGGGUGCCUUUAUGCAGCAAGGAUGUGAUAUUUCUCCAAGGUCGCUCUCUGGGCGCAUUGUUGGAGGGGUUUGGUGGUUCUUCACCCUGAUCAUAAUUUCUUCCUAUACUGCCAAUCUUGCUGCUUUCCUGACUGUGGAGAGGAUGGUUUCUCCCAUAGAGAGUGCUGAAGACUUAGCUAAGCAGACUGAAAUUGCGUAUGGGACCCUGGACUCCGGAUCAACAAAAGAAUUUUUCAGAAGGUCCAAAAUUGCUGUCUAUGAGAAAAUGUGGUCUUACAUGAAAUCAGCAGAGCCAUCUGUGUUUACCAAAACAACAGCAGACGGCGUGGCCCGAGUGCGGAAGUCCAAGGGGAAGUUUGCCUUCCUGCUGGAGUCAACCAUGAAUGAGUACAUUGAGCAGAGAAAACCAUGUGAUACGAUGAAAGUUGGUGGAAAUCUGGAUUCGAAAGGCUAUGGUGUGGCAACCCCUAAAGGCUCAGCAUUAAGAACGCCUGUAAACCUUGCAGUAUUGAAACUCAGUGAACAAGGCAUCUUAGACAAGCUGAAAAACAAAUGGUGGUACGAUAAGGGGGAAUGUGGAGCCAAGGACUCCGGGAGUAAGGACAAGACCAGCGCUCUGAGCCUCAGCAAUGUGGCAGGCGUUUUCUAUAUACUUGUCGGAGGUCUGGGGCUGGCCAUGAUGGUGGCUUUGAUAGAAUUCUGUUACAAAUCACGGGCAGAGUCCAAACGCAUGAAACUCACAAAGAACACCCAAAACUUUAAGCCUGCUCCUGCCACCAACACUCAAAAUUACGCUACAUACAGAGAAGGCUACAACGUGUAUGGAACAGAGAGUGUUAAGAUCUAGGGAUCCCCUCCCACCAGAAGCAUGUGAUAAGAGGAAUCACCGAAAACACGGCUGCUUCAAGGAUCCUGAGCCAGAUUUCACUCUCCUUGGUGUCGGGCAUGACACGAAUAUUGCUGAUGGUGCAAUGACCUUUCAAUAGGAAAAACUGAUUUUUUUUUUCCUUCAGUGCCUUAUGGAACACUCUGAGACUCACGACAAUGCAAACCAUCAUUGAAAUCUUUUUGCUUUGCUUGAAAAAAAUUAAAAUAAAACCAACAAAAAAAAUGGACAUGCAAGAUUCCAGUAUGUGAAUAAAAUUUAAAAAAGUCAAUUCAACAAAAGCCAUUCUUUGAUACCACUGCACAGUAUACAAACACCAUGUUCUUUAAUACACACACACAAAUUUAAAAUUCCAAUUCAGCGAAUAGGCCCAUCUUAGCUAAAAUAAUUUCUCCUGAAAAUAAAAUCUUUGA